GGCCGGAAAGCCUCAGUCGGAUCGUCUUCUCCGCUACCGUUUCGGCAUCUGAUGUCGCUGCACCUUGGUAAUAUACCGCCUCAUAUUCGUAGAGAUGAACUGGAGCAUGUUUUCCAUAGGUUUGGAAGGUGUACCGUACGUUUGAAAGACAAAUUUGGAUUUGUUGUUUAUGAUUACCCUGCAAAUGCAGAGAAAGCAUUGAACACGCUUCGAGGUAAGACCAUCUGUGGAAAGCCAAUAACUCUAUCAUGGUCAAAUAUGCAGCCUAAGCCAAAGCCUUUCCGGAGAUUUUCUAUGAGUACUAGGUCCUUUGAGCCACCAAGAGGGAAACAUUUUGGAAGACAUGAUCAAGUUUCUCGAGAUUUUGAUUACAACAGUCACCGAAGACAUAGAAGGGAGCUUAGGUCAGCAACAGAGACAGAUGGUGGAAGAACUGUGCAUGCUGGGCAAGUUGAUGACUAUGCAAGCCAUCAACGCUAUGAAGAGGGUCAUACUUCGGUGGACGAUUUCCCUGAUUACAGUGGAGGGAGAGAGGCAACAGUUUUGGAAAAUGGUGAAGUGGAGGAGCAAUGUCUUGAACCCUUGUAUCAGAAUGGCCUCGAAGAUGGGCCAGAGUUUGACCGUUAUGUGCCUUCCUGCACUGAUGAGAUAGAUGAACUACAUCAUUUGACCUGCAUGGAAAAAUCAGCUUCUCCUAGUAGGGCAGAAGAAGAAACAGAAAGGGAACGUCCCAAUGCUGGUGGAUAUAGAGUACCUUCAAGCCUACAAGUAGAUGUCAAAGAAAAAGAAAAUUCAAGAAGUAGAGAUAGGUCAAGACAUAGAGAUCCUUCAAGGGAAAGAACUGCUCAUCGAAGAGGGAGAAAGGACUACGGGAAAAACAAGCGAAAGAAAGCAACUAUUGAAACCCCAAGUUUUUCAAAGAAUGACAGGGUACCAGUCACAAAUUCAACUUGUUCCAAUCGUACUGCUUCUGGAUCACAUUCACAUUCAAGGUCAUUAAAGUCCUUAUCUCAGCCUUCGGAUUUAAUGCCAAAUUCAUCACCUGCCAGAAGAAAUUCCCAGCACUCUAGUUUAAGGUCUGGCUCAACAUCACAUUCAAGAUCAGCCUCUCCUAUAUUCCACUCUUUAUCUGGAUCACUAGAUCGAUCUUUAUCUUCAAACAAGACACGCACAGAGAAGAAGGAUUUUGUCUCAGAGUUAAAGGAUAAUGAGUUGAAAGGGCAACCACCGGAAAAAAGUGAUGCAAGCUCAGACAACUCAUUUGAAGUGAAAGAUUCACAUGCUUCGGAAUCCUACACUGGUGAUCAUAUGGUGAGAAGCGUGUUUUCACACACUCUGGUAGGGACAGGGGAACUUCAAAACAGUAAUGAUUUGACUGAGCAACAUGAAAAGGCUCUUGACGUGAUUCCAGAUGUCCAAAUCUCAGAGCGCUCACAUGUUUCUACUUUGAUGAAACUAUCCUCAGAUGAGGUUGACAUGGUUCUAAAACACUACAGAUUGGAAGGUCCAGAAGAAAUGCAGAAAAACUUGCCCGUAGAAGAUUGCUUUGGGUGUGCUAGAUUGUGGCCUUGGGAAAUCGUAUAUUACCGGAGGUACAAAAAGGGGCAUAUUUCAACUGAAAACUAUACCCGUAGGCUUGCACAAAAUAAAGAGUUUGGAAUUGUUGACAAGUUUGUACGAAGCAGUAGCGGAUGGGGAGAAGUGUAAGCAAAAUGUCGAUUGAUCUUCUGGUAUAUUCGCAGACCUGCACAACCAUCCCGUGGCACAUCUUAAUAUUGUACCCAUGUUGAUUUAUCUUGUUAGUGGCAUAUACCUUUUUGCAUGUCAAAACACUUCUGUGACAAGCUCUUGUGGUGUCCAAUUACCAUAAGUGUGCAACUAUUUUUUCCCUUCAUAUUUCCCCCAACAAGAAAAAGGAAAUCAGCAUCUUUUUAACACAACCCUCCUCUCUGUCUGUCUUUUUUUCAAUUGUCCAAUUCCGCUUUUGAUGGCAUGCUAUGAGAUCUUGCUUGUACUAACGUCUCUCUUGGUGAUUCAUGCAAGUGGCAGUGUGGCACACAAAUUUGUUCCCGGGCAAUGUGAAAUGAACAGACGAAGUUAUU